AUGCCUCCCAAAAACCCCCGUCUAGCAGUAGACGAAAAGGGUUCUCGUUCUCGAUCUCGCUCCAGAAGUCGCUCGCCUGGUCGAAAGGCCAAGAAAGUUGUUGUGGAAGCACCGCCUGCAGCUUCUAAAGUCUCUGCGCUCCCACCGUCGUUGAAACAAGAUGUCUCGACCAAGAAAUAUCAAGUCAAAGACAAUGAUAUUUUGAUGCUCCCCUCAUCGGAUUUCCAGCUUCUUGCUCUGUUGACGGUUGUAGCAAUUGGUAUACGGCUAUUCCGUAUAUACCAACCAACUAGCGUUGUGUUUGAUGAAGUCCACUUUGGUGGAUUUGCGACAAAGUAUAUCAAGGGAAAGUUCUUCAUGGACGUACAUCCUCCACUCGCGAAGAUGCUCAUCACACUGGCAGGCUGGCUGGCUGGAUUUGACGGAAGUUUCGAUUUUAAAGAAAUUGGAAAGGACUAUCUUGGACCUGGAGUCCCCUACGUUGCAAUGAGAAUGUUGCCCGCUGUUUUGGGUAUCAUGGUGGUUCCUAUUAUGUUCUUAACCUUAAAAGCAGCUGGUUGCUCUACAGCUUCAGCCUUUUUGGGCGCCGGAUUUAUUAUAUUUGAGAACGGACUUUUGACUCAGUCCCGUCUUAUUCUCUUGGAUUCACCAUUGGUUAGCUUUACUGCCGCCACAGCACUUGCCUGGACUUCUUUUCUCAACAUCCAUGAACAAGGCAUCUCAAGAGCGUUCUCCCCCAACUGGUGGUUUUGGCUCACUAUGACUGGAUUGGGCCUUGGAGCUACCGUCAGCGUGAAGUGGGUUGGUUUGUUUACAAUUGCCUGGGUUGGAAGCUUGACUAUUCUCCAAUUAUGGCUUCUUUUAGGUGAUACCAAGAAUAUUACUCCCCGCCUUUGGUUUAAACACUUCUUUGCUCGUGUUUUCUGUCUUAUUAUUGUCCCCGUCGUGUUCUACAUGUCCAUGUUCGUCAUCCACUUUAUGCUCCUCCGUAAUCCUGGUGAAGGUGACGGUUUCAUGUCUUCGGAAUUCCAGGCUACCCUCAAUUCCAAGGGUAUGCACAGCGUUCCUGCCGACGUUGCCUUCGGUUCACGUGUUUCUAUCAGACACCAUAACACCCAGGGUGGUUAUCUUCAUUCACACAACCACAUGUACCCGACUGGCUCCAAGCAACAGCAGAUUACAUUAUAUCCACACAAGGAUGAGAAUAACAUUUGGACCGUUGAGAACCAGACAAACCCUGUCGGAGGUGAAGGAAUCUCUGGAUUUGAUGCGAUUUCUCCACCGGUCUGGGUCGAGGAUGGUGCCCUAAUUAGGUUAUAUCAUGCACCUACUGAUCGGCGCUUGCAUUCGCACGACGUCAGGCCUCCAGUUACUGAAGCGGAAUGGCAAAACGAGGUUUCAGCUUAUGGAUACAAGGGAUUUGAAGGUGAUGCAAAUGAUGUCUUCCGUGUUGAGAUUAUCAAGCACCUCUCUGAAGGGUCUGAGGCGAAAAGAAGACUCCGCACUAUUCAGACCAAGUUCAAGCUCGUUCAUACCAUGACUGGGUGUGUCCUCUUCUCCCACAAAGUCAAACUCCCAGAUUGGGGUUACGAGCAGCAAGAGGUCACUUGCGCGAAGGGUGCAACUCUCCCAAACAGCGUAUGGUAUGUUGAGCAAAAUGAGCAUCCGCAACUGGGCGAGGAUGCUGAGCGUGUCAAUUACCGCAAUCCUGGUUUCUUUGGUAAAUUCUGGGAACUCAACAAAGUUAUGUGGCAUACCAAUGCCGGACUUGUAGAGUCUCAUGCUUGGGACUCCCGCCCUUCAAGCUGGCCGAUAUUGAAGCGCGGAAUCAACUUUUGGGGCAAGGAACAUCGACAAGUCUACCUCAUCGGUAACCCGGUCAUCUGGUGGUCCUCGACUGCUGCCAUUGUUAUCUACGCGAUGUUCAAAGCCUUCGCAGUUCUUAGGUGGCAGAGGGGCUACAACGACUAUUCUGUCAAUAACUUCCGCCGUUUCGAUUUUGAGAUUGGCGUCGCUGUUUUAGGAUGGGCUUUCCACUAUUUCCCCUUUUACCUCAUGCAGAGACAACUUUUCCUACACCAUUACUUCCCAGCUCUGUACUUUGCUAUCAUCGCAUUAUGCCAGGUGUUUGAUUUCAUCACCGCAAGGAUUGCCACAUUAAAGUUAAGAGAGAAGCCGAUUGCCGGGUGGACUCUUGCUGUGGUAUUCUUGGCCUUCAGUAUUGCCGCUUUUGGCUUGUACGCUCCAUUGGCAUAUGGAAAUACCUGGACCAAGGGCGAAUGUAGAAGGGUAAAACUAUUCGAUUCAUGGGAUUGGGAUUGUAACACCUUUCACAACACUUAUGAGGAAUAUAAUGUUAUCAUGUCACCCAAUGAGUCAGCCAUAAAGAGUUCGAACCCACCUCUACAGGCCUCUUCAUCUUCUUCAGCUCCCGAGGAAGCCGUCACCAACAAACCCGCUGAAGAACCUGUUGUCGUCAAAAAGGACCCAAUCCAAGCUGCUGAUGCGGGCGAAGUAGUCUCCUCCGAAGAAAGGAUCGAGUACCGUGAUCAAGAUGGAAAUCUUCUAGACGAAGAACAAGUGAGAGCGCUUGAAGGCAAAGUUGAGUUUCAUACUCGCUAUGAAACACGCAUUCGUCUUCUCGACGAAUUUGGCAACGAGAUUUCAGAGGAAUCCGCCGUUCCUGUAGCGGAUCAAGGUGUUGCAGGGCCGUUGGUUGACGGUUCAAAUCCUGAGACUGUAUUGAAGGGAGCCGAGAAAGAUGCGCAGGACGAGGUUAGGCCAAGAGGUGUCGAUGUAGACACUGAAUCGCGUGAGGUUGUGAGCGAGAGUGCGGCUAGUCCAGCAAGUGAGGGUGUGAACACAGAGACUACUCAAGUAGAACAAGAGAAAAUUGGAACAAUGUUGGUUGAUCAAGUCGAGAAAUCUAUUGAGGUGUAA